AUGAAGUUGCAACACUGUGCACAGAUUCAGCUAUCCACUUCGUAUUUUACGGUCUCGGAACUUAGGGAUAAAUCUGGAUUUGCGAGAAAGACGAGAGGCACAGACUUGAAGGUCAGUGGUUCGAACCCAAUUUCUACAUCUGGACUGCUCCUGUCUAGGCUUGGGCAACCUGACAGUAUCUUGGUCUUCGUGCUUCCUUCGGGUGGCAUAGCUACACGGUACAUGUUCGAACUCAACUUCCAUCCGAAUAAGAGACUAGCCGGUCGGUUGUUCUCCGUAGAGAACAAGUUGAAGCCACCGCGUCUGAUAAACCGUGCUGGAUUUUUUGUCACGAAGAAGAAGGAUAGAGUAAGGCUCGGUAACGGCCUCUAUUCUGUUCGAUUGAUGGUUUGCCCUCAGGGCGUAUUCGCCCGCAAGCUGGCGGUGGCGUGUCGGUGGCUUUCCAAAUCAACUGAUCUGUCGGACCGAAGUAGACGCAGUGCACCAAAUCUGGCCUGGCAGAACAGAACACUCGCCAACUUACUGACCCGUCACAACAAGAGAUCUUACCGUGAUGUGACGGUUAGCGUACCUCGGCGACCAAUUGAGCUAUACUGGGGGUUGUCCCCGCGACACUUUCAUACCAGGUUGGUCAAUGGUUAG